GGCUACCAACCAUCGACCCAAGCAACGACAAGGCAGAUGGAAUCUCUCUCGCCGUCCACCAUGCGACUGCUGUCCACGAAGGCGCACACGAGUGGAACCAUCGUCAUUUCCCGUGGGCUGACGUGCGUCAUCCUGUGCUGGGCAAGCGGGCCGAUGAGGAGGACUACGUGCGGUACGAGAGCACACUCCGCAAGGAGGUCGGCGGGCUUCUGCAAGACCACGUGGUGCUUGGGAACGCCCUGAUGCCCGGUGCUGCAUCCAGUGCCACCCCAUCAGCCAGCCAGUGAUUGAGGAGGCAGGCGCACACGAGUGGAAUCAUCGUCAUUUCCCUUGGGCUGACGUGCAUCAUCCUGUGCUUGGCAAGCGGAGCGAUGAGGCCGAUUACGUGCGGUACGAGAGCACUCUCCGCAAGGAGGUCGGCGGGCUUCUGCAAGACCACGUGGUGCUUGGGAACGCCCUGAUGCCCGGUGCUGGUUUCCUCGACAUCCUGGCGGCGGCAGGAGCGGCUGCAACCGAGAGGGCCCAUGCGCCCGGGUCCAAGUCGCACACUGCGGCUAUGGUGCACAUGGAGGAUGUGCUCUUCGAGCGGCCGCUGAGUGUUCCCUCGAAGCCCGAAGAGUCCGGCAGUGCCCUUCCGUGCGUCCGCAUUCAGGUCGACAAGAGCGCGGAGAGCGACUGCAGCCGCCCGCCCAUGACGGUCGAGAUCCUUUCCAAGAGCCAGUCAGAGCAGUCCUUCGCGACGGUCGGGACGGGCCGCGUCGUCAGCAUCGACCAGGCGCGCCCCGAUGCGUCAGCAAUGGCGGUGUGUGCAGCCGAAGAGGAGCUCAAGAGUGCCAAGGAGCGAUGCACCCGUGCUGCUGAUCUGGAGCUGUUCUACGGCCAGCUGUCUCAGGUGGGACUCCGCUACGGCCCCCGAUUCCAGACCGUGAGCGACCUCCAGGAUGGGAGCAGACAAGGUCUCUCUUGGGCGCUGCGACGCGUCUGA